AUGAUAUUAGAUUCUGAAUUCGAACCAAAGAUUGCAGACAUUGGAAUGGCAAAAUUGGCCUGUGACCUGGAUUCGAGUUCCACAAGAUCUGCAAUUGUUGGAACAUUGGGCUACAUAGCACCCGAGAAUGCAUACUCAACUCGAUUGACAGAGAAAUGCGAUGUCUACGGCUAUGGAGUAAUUCUGCUAGAGAUUCUUUGCGGAAAAUUGCCUGUAGACCCUUGCUUCGAGGAUGACCUAGAUAUCGUCUCGUGUACUAGAAAUAACCUACUGGAAAAUGAAGAAUACGUUUGCUUCCUUGAUAAGGAGAUCAGCCUAUGGCUCAAUGAUAAACGACUAAAGGCCCUAGAUUUGCUGGAACUGGCACUUCAAUGCACUCAAUCUAUGGCUGAUAGAAGACCCUCCAUGGGGAUAUUCCCAUUAUAUUUGAGAAAUUCAAGUCAACGGCAGUGUAGUGGCAUGACCAGGCUGCAGCUAGUAACUCUUGCCGAGGUUGAGAGGCUCACAAUCAGAAAGAGCCCAAUCCAAAGUCCCAAACCCCCCAAGUUGCUUUUGCUGACAGAGUACAACAAUGCACUUUCAUAG